CACAGGUGAUCUGUUAAGGUACCUUUCGCUGGGCUUGGUGGACAUUCACCACUGUUCACGUUCACAUACCAAACCAGCUACAAUUAAUCGACGUUGCAACCAGUCCUGCGUUUUUCGUAUCAGCAUGCCGACUCUUGUAAACUGGAAGUUUCUUGAGCCUAUCCUACGGCGCCGUGGCCAACCGUUUGCUGCCGGACCUUCAGUUGACCCACCUUCCGCAAGCGAGGUUCAGAAGAUGUUUCUUCAGUCACCAGUCGACGGUUCUUUCGAAAUUGACCCAAGCAUUGUCAUCAGGGGAACCAAUUAUCCGGUCGCUUCAGGUAGUCUUGGAGAUGUCUACAGAUGUACCUUGAACAGUGGCGCAAGUCAAGAAGAGGUUGCAGUCAAAUCUCUACGGUUCUCAAGUUUAGGUGAAGCUGAAGCCGCCAAGAUCAACCGUAAUCUUGAUCGGGAACUCAGUAUCUGGGCCAUAUUAGAGCACCAGUAUGUAAUACGCCUGUAUGGCACUGUGAUAGGUUUCGGUCCAUUCCGCGCUUUCGUCACCCCCUGGAUGCCAAACGGGACUUUGAACUCCUACCUAAAUCAUGCUGAUCUCACGGCAAUGGAUAACCUUUCCCUGCUCAAGCAAGUUGCGGAAGGUGUCAAGUAUCUUCAUGACAACGACGUGAUUCAUGGUGACCUAACUAGUGAUAAUAUCCUGGUCACUGCCGAUGGAUCCCCGCGCCUUGCAGACUUCAGUGUCUCGAAUAUUAUGAGAGAGUCUAAACCGGUAUACUCCUACCAUACUGGCGCACUUCGUUGGGCUGCUCCAGAGCUUAUUAUCUACUCCGAAGGUGGCACCGUACAAUGCGCCACCAAAUUCAGCGACAUAUAUUCUUUCGGGUGUCUCAUGCUUCAGGUAUUAUACGGGAAACUGCCCUACUGGUGGAUCAAAACUACCUUGCAAGUUAUUCCAUGCAAGUUCAAUUACCAAGAGCCCAUUAACGACACCUUGCAAAUUCAACCACAUCACCUUACUUACAUGCGGCGGUGUUGGUCGAUCAAUCCUGAAUCUCGCCCAUUGAUGGAGGAGACUCUAGCGUUCAUUGAUGGAGUGUUUCCGCAUGUUCAUGACUGGCCUUUGUUCUACAAUCUUCCAGAACUGCCUAAUCAGGUGAUCACAACAUAUGAGCAUCGCGGCACCGUGGCAGGGGGUCUGGGCGAUAUCUGGAAAUGUAGUUGGCUCAAGAACUCGGAGGAAACUGAAGUUGCGGUCAAAUCAGUCAGGGUUCCUUAUACAGGCAAUCAAGAUGAGGUCGAACGAAUAAUUAAGAUGAUUCUUCAAGAGGCUGCUGCCUGGGCUAAGUCGUCACACCAUAACAUCCUGCCUUUGUAUGGCACAAUCCCUUACUUCGGACCUCUUCCCGCCUUUAUGUCUCCAUGGAUGGCCAAUGGCUCGCUGACGGACUAUCUACGACGGGAGUUCUCCUGUAUGUCAGAAAACAGGAAAACAGACAUCCUAAACCAAGUGGUUUCUGCGCUUAAACACUUGCACGAUGAUGGAAUCGCUCAUGGUACUUUGACAAGUGAUAAUGUGUUCCUUGAUGGCUCUGGCAGGGUCUACCUUGCUCACUUUGGUCGUCUCUCCGAUAUUUUUGCGCGAGGAAAAGUGUCUGUGUCCGGCUUAGCAAAUACGAGGUACAUUGCGCCCGAAUUCGUCACUUCUAUUGUAGAUGCAGGAGCCUCAAAAUUGAGUAAGGCUGGAGACAUUUAUUCAUUUGGCUGUCUCAUGAUCCAGGAAAGGUACCUUAUUGGUGGAUUCACGAUGCCAGUGAAGUUCUUCCAGAAAGAGUCAAAGGUGCACAGCCCUUCGACAUGGAACAGGUCAAUGAAACGUAUUUGGCCUUUGGGCAACAAUGCCUGUCAGUUGAAAGCGAGGCUCGUCCGACGAUUGAAGACGUCUUUUGCUUUAUCUUAGUCCAAAGCAUCGGUGCGGCUGAUUUAACAAAUUCUAUCCGUCGGAUCAAUAAAUACCCCACAAACUCUGGAGGAUAUGCGGAUGUCCACAAAUGCCAGCUUGUCUUGGAUUCGACGACCGUG